AUGCAAAUUUUUGUCAAGACACUAACGGGAAAGACGAUCACAUUAGACGUCGAACCCUCGGACUCUAUUGACAAUCUGGAAGAUGGCCGCACUCUGAGUGACUACAAUAUCCAGAAAGAGUCGACAUUACACCUUGUGCUUCGUCUUCGUGGAGGAAAUUGA